AGAGGGAUCUAGAACUAAUGUCGAACGCCCAGCUCGCCUGCACCUACGCCGCGCUCAUCCUGAGCGAGAACGGCAGCUGCAACGCCGAUGCGAUCUGCAACGUGACGAAGGCCGCCGGUGUGCCGGUGAGCCACGGUAUGGCCACCGCCUUCGCCAACGCCUUCGUCGGGAUCAACGUGGAGCAGGUGCUGAACAGCAUCAGCUUCGGUGGUGCCGCCUCUGGCGCUGCCGCGCCCGCCGCCGCUGCUGCGGGUGGUGCUGCCGCCCCUGCCGCUGCCGCGAAGAAGGAGGAGAAGGUGGAGGAGGAGGCCGACGACGACAUGGGCUUCGGUCUGUUCGACUAA